GCGUGGGAGCGGCGUGACGUCACGGGGUGAGAGGGCAGAGGGCGCAGGGAGCCGCAGCCGGCCGGGAGCCGGAGCGAGGCUGAGCGCGCCAGGAAGGUGGCGCGGCCGGAAGCCUCCUGCCCUGAGCGCAGUGCUUUUGAAGUGUUGUCCGUGGUGGACUCGACUAACCCCCUCCCGACCCCCGACACGUUCCGGGAUGGCAGCUAGGUGACGACAGCUGAGGAUGACCCUGACUGAAAAACUGCGCGAGAAGAUAUCGCGGGCUUUCUACAACCACGGGCUGCUGUGCGCUUCCUACCCCAUUCCCAUCAUCCUCUUCACAGGCCUCUGUAUCUUGGCCUGCUGCUACCCACUGCUCAAGCUCCCGUUACCUGGAACAGGACCUGUGGAGUACAGUACCCCUGUGAAGGACUACGCUCCACCUUCUUUGGCGCCCAGCCCCCGGCAAGGAGACCCCAGUGAGAGGCCCGAUUGGUAUGUUGGCGCUCCCGUGGCCUACAUCCAGCAAAUCUUCGUGAAAGCCACCGUCUCCCCCUGGCACAAGCACUUCCUCGCUGUUGAUGUGUUUCGUUCACCGCUGUCCCGGGUCUUCCAGCUCGUGGAGGAGAUUAGAAACCACGCCCUGAGGGACAGUUCUGGGAUCAGAAGCGUGGAGGAAGUUUGCCUGCAGGUGACAGACCUCCUGCCCAGCUUGAAGAAGCUGCGCAACCUGCUGCCGGAGCAUGGCUGCCUCCUGCUGUCCCCGGGGAACUUCUGGCAGAACGACCGUGAGCGCUUCAACUCCGACCCAGAUAUCAUCAAAACUAUCCACCAGCAUGAACCAAAGACACUGCAGACGUCAGCGACCCUCAAAGAUCUGCUGUUUGGACUCCCAGGGAAGUACAGCGGGGUGAACUUGUACAAUCGGAAGCGGGUGGUGUCCUAUACCGUCACACUGGGUCUCCAGCGGUAUGAUGCCAGGUUCCUCACUAGCCUCCGGUCCCGGCUCAAGCUGCUGCACCCCAGCCCCAACUGCACCCUGCGGGAGGAGAACAUCGUCCAUGUCCACUUCAAAGAAGAGAUUGGCAUCGCCGAGCUGAUCCCCUUGGUCACCACCUACAUCAUCCUCUUUGCCUACAUCUACUUCUCCACACGAAAGAUCGACAUGGUGAAAUCAAAAUGGGGCUUGGCACUAGCAGCGGUUGUGACAGUGCUCAGUUCUCUGCUCAUGUCCGUGGGGCUGUGCACUCUCUUUGGCCUGACACCGACUCUCAACGGAGGGGAGAUCUUUCCAUACCUGGUGGUGGUGAUCGGGCUGGAGAAUGUCCUGGUUCUCACCAAGUCGGUUGUCUCCACACCGGUUGACCUGGAAGUGAAGCUAAGGAUCGCGCAAGGCUUGAGCAAUGAGAGCUGGUCUAUUAUGAAGAACAUGGCCACGGAGCUUGGGAUCAUCUUGAUCGGCUAUUUCACGCUGGUCCCAGCUAUCCAGGAAUUUUGCCUCUUCGCCGUGGUCGGACUGGUGUCUGACUUCUUCCUGCAGAUGUUUUUCUUCAGCACCGUGUUGUCCAUCGACAUUCGCCGUAUGGAGCUUGCGGACCUGAACAAACGGCUGCCUUCAGAAGCCUGCCUGCCCCCAGCAAAGUCCAUCAGCCGCUCCCAGCGGUAUGAGCGCCAGCUGGCCAUGCGCCCUGCCACUCCGCACACCAUCACCCUGCAGCCCUCCUCCUUCAGGAACCUGCGCCUGCCCAAGAGGCUGCGGGUCAUCUACUUUUUCGCCAGGACCCGGCUGGCCCAGAGACUCAUCAUGGCCGGGACGGUGAUUUGGAUUGGAAUCCUGGUCUACACUGACCCCGCCGGCCUCCGUACCUACCUCACGUCGCAGGUCACCGAGCAGAGCCCUCUGGGAGAGGCAGGGUUGCCCCCCAUGCCCGUGCCCGGUGGGGUCCUUCCCGCCGGGGAUGCCAAGAUCGACCUCUCUGUCUUCCCGGCGGACCCCGUGCUGCUGUCUGAGAACCAGACGCAGCAGCGGGAGCAGAAGGCGGGGCUGGAGUCCCUGGACCAGCUGGAGGAGGACGCGUGGGCCCAGGGAGCAGAGAGCAGGGGGAACGGGCAGCCAGAGCUGGGCACUGCUGCAGAGGUGACAUGGGGGGCAGAGGACGAGGAGAUCUGGAGGAAGCUGUCCUUCCGGCACUGGCCAGCCCUCUUCAGCUACUACAACAUCACGCUGGCCAAGAGGUAUAUCAGCAUCCUCCCGGCGAUCCCCGUCACCCUGUACCUGAAUCCACAAGAGGCCUUAGAAGUGCGCCAUCCCCAGGAGGCCAAUCGCUACCAUUCCUUCUUCCCCGUGGGCCACGGGAGAUCGGAGGCGGAAGGGCGAGUUGCCGAGGGCUCACCCAGGCUGCAGGGGCACCACGACGUCACCCUGUACCAGGUUGCAGCGCUGGGCCUGGCCUCCGGCAUCCUCCUGGUCCUUCUGCUCUUCUGCCUGUACAAAGUCUUCUGCCCCAAGAACUAUGGGCAGAACGGACUCUCACACACGCGAAGGAAGAGAGGGGACCUGCCCUGUGACGAUUAUGGUUACUCACCGCCCGAGACGGAGAUCGUUCCUUUGGUUCUCAGAGGUCACCUUAUGGACAUCGAGUGCCUGGCCAGUGAUGGGAUGCUGCUUGUCAGCUGCUGCCUGGUGGGGCAGAUCCGUGUGUGGGACGCACAGACCGGAGACUGCCUCACUGUCAUCCCCAAGCUGGGGUUGCGAAGGGACAGCAGUGGCAUUUUCGAUUACCAGGAGGGCUGGGACCAGAGCCCAGACGCCAAGUGCGGGCCAGAGGAGUGCUACGACAACGGCCACCAGCUCAAAAGGAUGCUCAGCCCUCCCCAGCCCCCACUCUUCUGUGACCAGCCGGACCUCACGUCUCUCAUCGACACCAACUUCUGCGAGCAGGCGAGAGCGGCGUCGGAGACGCGGCACCGCACGGUCUGCGCCCACCAGAAGGAGGCGGGUUAUGACUUCGGCAGCCUGGUGGGGAAGGCCUACGAGGAGCACAGCGCUUUGAACUGCAUGAACUUCACGGGCUUCUCCACCCCGCACGGACAGGUCGGGCUGUGCACGGGAGCCAGCGGCUCCCGGUCCCCCAGCUGCGGGAGCGGGGAGAGCGGGUGCAGUGCCCGCAGGAGGAGCCUGGGGGACGAGGUGCUUCCCGGAUUUGACAAGUCCUCGCCUGUGCCCACCUGGAGCGGCGAUUUCGAAAGCUCCGUCUGGAGCUUGGAUCUGCAGGGGAACCUCAUUGUGGCUGGCCGCAGCAACGGGAAGCUGGAGGUGUGGGACGCCAUCGAGGGGACCCUGCGCUGCAGCAACGACGAGGGCCAGUCGGGCAUCACGGCACUUGUGUUCCUGAACAAGAGGAUCGUGGCCGCCAGGCUGAACGGCUCCUUGGACUUCUUCUCCCUGGAGACGCGCGCGUCCUUCAACCACCUGCAGUUCCGAGGCAUGGAGAGGGGGAGUGGGAGGCCAGCCCUGGCAUGCGAGGCUGCCACAACCCGUGUGAUUUGCGUGUGCAUGCGUGUGCCCCCAGGAACACCCAGCAGGAGCAGCAUGCCCUCCUCCCCUGUGUUCAGCAGCAGCGACGUCGUCCUGUGUCAGCUCACCCACACCGUGUCCUGCGCGCACCAGAAGCCCAUCACAGCCCUGAAGGCGGCAGCGGGGCGGCUGGUGACAGGCAGCCAGGACCACACGCUGCGAGUGUAUCGCCUGGAGGACUCGUGCUGCUUGUUCACACUACAGGGGCACUCGGGAGGCAUCACUGCCGUGUACAUAGAUCAGACAAUGGUGCUGGCGAGUGGGGGCCAGGACGGUGCCAUCUGCCUCUGGGACGUGCUGACGGGAAGCCGCGUCAGCCACAUGUACGCCCACCGCGGGGACGUCACCUCCCUCACCUGCACCACGUCCUGCGUCAUCAGCAGCGGCUUGGACGACGUCAUCAGCAUCUGGGACCGCAGCUCCGGGGCCAAGCUCUACUCGAUCCAGCAGGACGUGGGCUGUGGGUCCAGCCUGGGCGUCAUCUCGGACAACCUGCUGGUGACGGGGGGCCAGGGCUGCGUCUCCUUCUGGGACAUCGGCUACGGGGACCUGCUGCAGACCGUCUACCUGGGCAAGAGCAAUGAGUCGCAGCCCGCCCGGCAGAUCCUGGUGCUGGAGAACGCCGCCAUCGUCUGCAACUUCGGCAGCGAGCUCAGCCUGGUCUACGUGCCCUCCGUGCUGGAGAAGCUGGACUGAGCGGGGCAGGGCGGCCAUGGGGGCAUGGGGGGGUGGCACGUGGGCUGGUGGCGGAGCCCGCGUACACGUCUCCAUCGCCCCGAGGCUCACCCCAGCCAGGGCUCCACGCCCCGGGGACCGGCUGCCUUCCAGCCGGGGCAUGUGGGAGGUGUGGGGGUGUCACCCCAUGGAGAAGAGGAGCAGGCCCAGUGCACAGUGGCUGGGGGGCCCUCCCCGGCGCCGGCCCAGCACGGCCAGGACCGUCCUGGGCACCCGGUGCUCCCUGCCCCCAGGGCAGUGGAGCAGGCCUGGCCCGGGAGCUGCUGCCCGGAGCACUGGGGCCCCCAAAGCACAUGCAAAGCAUCCCAGGGCCCCGAGUGGCCCCGAUGGGGACGGGGCUGGGACUGUUCCUCUGCAGCCAGCGGGGGGCCUGCUCCCUGGGGCUCCCGGCAGCCUCCUCGCGCUGCUGGGGGGUGGCAGAGGGGCACAGCGGCCAGGCCCGCUCCUCGGAGGGGGUCAGCUCUCAGGUACCCCCAAGGAGCGGCCGGGCCAGGCCCCGCGCUGCAGCCUCGCCUGCCUUAUUUAUUUAUAUGCUGUACAUAUUUAUUUAUUGGCAGGGGCGAGGGGGCGCCUGCCGCCGCACACCAAAGCACCCGGCUCCACGCUCGGCGGAGCGGCCUUCGCCCUGCCCCGGGGGACGGCGCGGACACACGACACGACAGGGCUCUUCCCACGCAGUAACUUACCCAGCUCAGAGCCGGCUCCCGGCACGGGGCGCUGGGUGCGCUGAGUCUGCGGCCCCCGGGGCUGGGAGCAGGCACGUGGGCGCUGGGCAGCUCCAGCUGCGAGACACCUCACUUGGCCGGCCCCGGCUCCCGGCGACUGUCGUGUGUCCCCACGGCCCGGCUGGGGCAGAGUGGAGCCGCGCCCGCCAUCCUUGCCUGGUGGGAGCGCAGGGGGCAGCAGAGGCGGCCCCUGGGCAGCAACGGGCAAGGCCCCGGCUGCAGGCACUGGCACCAGCAUGAGGUCCUGGCCUGGGGGAGGAGGGAUGUGCCAGGGAGCUGGUGCAGCCCAUGGGGCCGGCGGGGUGGAGCACAGCAGUGUAAAGCAGCAUUAACGGUUAGCCCCGCGCCACCCAGACCAGAGCCCACCCGUGGGGGUCAUCUGAGUGGGGUGGGGGCAGCCAGCUGGGCCUGCCCCCCAAACCUGGGUGCCUGCGCUGGUCCCUGCCUGCUGCGCCCCCCCACCCAUCGUCCGUCUGCACCACGCCGCGGGUGGCCUUACCCCGCUGUACGCUUUGUACUGUACAGGGGAAGCUUUUUGUACUGGACUGUGUUUUAUAAUGUGUACAGACACGCAGUAAACGGCACUAACUCA